GGGUUCACUCAGUGACACAGGAAGCAGUUCACAGCGUUUGUUUUCGUGACAUAAUGAAGUUAAAACACGGGAGACCACCGCUUGAGAGUGGACAGGGGGCUAAAGGACAGCGCUCGUCCGUGAAUGUAUCAAACUAAAAUGGCAUAUAGAGGCUAAAAGAUGUUGUUUAAAAGGAUUUGCAGACUGCUUCCUUAUCCCUCUGUGUCAGUGUCUCUGGCUCUACCUAGGUGAGUCAAAAAUACCCUCAAAUUGCAAUGACCUUUUCUUUAUAUACUUCAUUCGUGUUCAUUCAAAUGUCAUGUAAAGUCUUUAAAAUCAUGUAUUUAUUCGUUGAAAGUCUUGUGGCACAGUCCGCUGUCAUUUACCUGUUAUUGUGAGCCUAGUUCAUGUGAGGAUCACCAUGACUAUUGUGAAAACCCUUUCUGGGAUUUACACACCAUUGUUGUAAUUCAUAAUGACACAGCAUUGGCUUUCUCUUGACACCUCCCAUUGGCCGUCUGUCGGACACACACGCCUGCCCCGCGAGCUUCCUGGUUAUGGCAAUAUUAAUCCGGCUAACUCGGACGCAAUCCUCCUUUUGCUUCAUCUUCAGGAAGCAACUUUUCUCGUCUUUUCGCAGCAGCAGCAGACACGCACUCAUCCGCAGAAGCAUGGCCUCAGACCCGACGGCGACCGAGACCACCCGCUUUGACUUCUUGGUGAUCGGCGGCGGGUCUGGAGGUCUGGCCGGGGCUCGGAGGGCGUCGGAGCUCGGUGCAUCCACGGCCGUCAUCGAGAGUCACAAACUCGGAGGUACCUGCGUGAGUAAAAAUACAACCAAACACUGCUAUCCUUCUCCGACCUCUGUCACUGUGCCUCUGUGGCCUCUGCAGCUUUAACACGCAUGUCGGUUGCCAGGUUCACUGCGAAACCUCCGGACUCCUUUUGUCGAAGUUUUUUUGUUGUGAACGACAAACAUUGUGUGACUUUUGAAGCGUCUGUACUGAUAAGCUUUCCCCUAACCAUGAUAGACUGAAACUUUACAAAGUGAGGACACAACCAAAAGUAGGUUAACUCUUUUUACUCAUGAUGUUUUGUAAGUUUAGUCUUCAUGCUUGUCAAAAUUCUUAGUUUUGGUUCCUUUUUUAUAAGGUUAGUUUUUUACUACAAGGUAUUUGCAAGUGAUAAGAUCAAAGAGGGACAGACAAAGCAGUAUUCAAUAAAAAAGGUGAAAUUCACAUUAUUUAUGAAAAUAAAUCUACUAAAGGCUUAACCUCAUAUCAUUUAUGAAAUCCAAGAUAAACUACUACCACCUACAAAAGUCAUGAUGAAAAAGUGUCUUCAGGUGUACUGGUGUUAUAUGUGUGAUAUAACUAACUAAUACAGUCAACUAAAUACACUGUACCUAAAAUUAUACUUUAUCUUAGAUUUUACUGAUGAUGUUUUGUAAGUGUAGUCUUUAUGCUUUUCAAAAUUCUUAGUUUUGGUUCCUGUUUUACAAGGUUAGUUUUUUGACUACAAGGUAUUUGUAAGAGGGUCAGACAAAGCAGUAUGCAAUAAAAAAAGGUGGAAUUCAUAUUAUUUAUGAAAAAAAUGCAUUUAAAAUACAAGAUGAACCACAACCACCUCCAAAAGUCAUGAUAAAUAAGUGUCAUCAGGUGAACCGGUGUUACAAACUAUUACAAUCAACUAAAUAGUCUGUACAUAAAAUUUUACCUUAUCUUAGAUUAGUCAACACACCCACACAAUAUUGUUUCAGCUCUUGAUUUUCAUUCUUAUUUAAAUUACAGCUAAAUAACUUUUUUUUAAAUAAGGUUUUUUUGUGAACUUAAUGAAAAGCCUCAAAGAUUAAACAUUAAAGUGUUAUCAGCCGAAACUUAGACAAUGUGGUUGCUUUAACAAGAAGGAAGUUGACAAUGAGAAGUGAUUUUUUUUCAAGUCUAGACAUAGGUUCUGUUUAGACAUAGGCUUUGUUUAUAUGUAAUCAUAUUGCAAGAUAUACAGUUAUGGACAAAUCAAAAUUUAUUAAAAACCUUGUGUAAAUUGAAGACGAGGUCAUCUGCCAUUUUGUUAGAACAAAGCUGAGGCCCUUCACAUCACUCCUUGAAUAUCUGUUUGAUAGUGCCAUGGCGGUGCGAUCAAAGUCUGCUAAUUAAAAAGUUAAUAAAAUCCACGAUAAUUCAAAUAAGGAGCAAACAACUAAGUUAUUGAAAGUUUUUAUUUCCAUUCUUGACAAAAAGCCACAGUUUAACAGAUCGUGUAACGAUUCAUUUUACUUCCACCUUAUUGUGAUGUUGAUUUCAGCCGUUUUACUGUAGAUCUGCUUUUUAUUGUAACGUGACAAUCCAAGCUUGAAGUGAAAUUUGUACAAACAAAUAUAUUUGAAUAAGUUUAGUUCCGUAUGCUGACUGAUUCUUGUGUGUUGUUUUCUUUAUGUGUGGGCGUACCAUGCCAGUGGAGUGAAGUCUUCUUCAGAAUUUUCCCACUAACUUGAGAUGUGCUUAAACUGAACUGUUCAGGCUGAUCUUUGCUCAUGUGCUGUUCUUAUGAUUUCUAGGUCAAUGUUGGCUGUGUCCCUAAGAAGGUACUGCCCUUUUAUUCUUCCUUAUUCUAACAGUUUGAAAAUGUGAUCACAAUCACCAAAUUUGACUCCACUCUCAAUAAAUCCAUUGUCCUCCUUGUUCCUCUCCUUGCAGGUGAUGUGGAACGCUGCAGUUCAUGCUGAGUAUCUCCAUGAUCACAGUGAUUACGGCUUUGACGUUGAAAAUUUCCGUUUCAGUUGGGAGUAAGUAUCACCUACCAAAGUGUCUGCUGGUGUCUUUUUUUUUCUUCACUUUUUUGUGUAACAGUGCGCCAUGUUGAAACACGUUUUGUUUGUUCCUGGAACCUAACCGUAUCCAUUUCAUGGCGCUGCUUCUCAGUCUGCUGUGUCUUUUGUUGCUUCACCUAAGCUCACUUCUCUAUGGACAGAAACAUAAAUCCAGCGCUUAGGUUCGUGUGUUUGUUCAGUGUAAGUCAUCCAAGGUGACUGUGAGAGAUAAGCCUGUGGAGGGAGUGGGCGCCUACUACACCAGAAGAUCUAUUAAUCACUAAUCACAAGAGUUUAACAGAGCUGAGGGUCAUAUUAAGGUGUGGCUGUAUGAAUUAAAGCGAAACAUAUCCUACUGUAUGCGGGCUUCUUCUGUGUAAACAAUACAGGUAAUAGAGAUUCAGCCUUUCUGUUUAUUCAGGCUAGUAUUAAAAAAGCUCAAAGAAAUAAAGAAGUAACAUUAAAUGUAUGUUGUACUUUGAAGCACCACAUCUGGAUAAUCAACCAUCAUAUUUUGUCUGUUAACACGAAAGAUGGGUAAUGAUCUAGAGUUUUGCAUGCGGCGUGAGAAGAUCUCACAGUGUUUAUGUGAACUUGGAAUAAGACUAGCAGCACAAGCAUGCUGAAACUCAGUGUUUAUGUUGCAGCAGAGUUGUUUAGAAAUGCAGGAAAUGGCUUUUUGUUUUCAUCAUUCUUGUCAGUGAGCUGGAACAUAGUCCAACAGACUUUCGUGCCAACGUCUGCCAGUAACAAUCCCUGAAGGAAAAACUGGAAAUUCUGGUUAGGGCUGCAAAUGUUUUUUUGUGGGUUUGGUUUAGGAACGGUGAUCAUGGUGCUAAAUUUCAUGCCAAACUUUCAUAAGACAUCACACUAAAUUACUCCAGUGCAGAUAUACAAUAUGUUUUAAUACCAUUGUUAGUAUCUGCAAUGUUGGGUUGCAUGUUUUAGUAGCUAUAUCUUCAUGUGUCGUGUUUUUUUCUGUCUCUUAACCCUCCUUUUUUCAGCUGCACUUGUCAUGUGAACCCAUUUGAGUGUCUCUUCUUGCUUAUGUAAAUGUGUAAAAAAAUAACAACCUCUUAUUUUACAUGUAAAAUCUGUUGUUGUUGUUGUUUUUUUUUCCAGAACCCUCAAAUCCAAAAGAGAUGCUUAUGUUAGUCACCUAAAUCGCAUUUAUCGCAAUAAUCUCGACAAAGUAAGUUCAUGUUCAGAAUGUCUUGGUUAUUUCAUGUGCCUGUGCUCGUCAAGAUUAUUUUGAUGGUUCUGUUUGUGGUACUUUCGAUGCAAAAUUAAAACACCUUUUCUCUUUCAGGCUAAAAUCCAAACUAUUCACGGCCACGCCAGAUUUACAAGUGAUCCGGAGCCGACUGUGGAGGUUAAUGGAAGAAAGUACACAGCUCCUCACAUCCUUAUCGCCACUGGGGGGCAGCCUUCUGUUUUGAGUGAAUCUGAAGUUCCAGGUCAGACACACUCCACUCUCAUGCAUGUUUUCCUGAGCUGUUUGACUAUUUCAAGAUACUGAGAAGAAAAAAAUGUGUGUUGAUUUAUCAUUUCAGGUGCAAAUCUGGGGAUUACCAGUGAUGGCUUUUUUGAACUUGAAACUCUGCCAAAGUAAGCAGUUCAUUCAUUCUUUUUUAAGCAAAGUUUGUUGAAAGGGAUUUUAUUUUUUUAGGUGUUUUCUUUUAAUUAAAAUCUUGUGUUUCUAACAGGCGCAGUGUGAUUGUGGGUGCAGGUUAUAUUGCAGUUGAGUUGGCAGGCAUCCUCUGCACCCUCGGGUCUAAAACCUCCCUCAUUAUUCGACAAUCAGGAGUAAGAGACACACAGAACCACACAGCAUCUGCUGAAUGGAGAUUUUAAAGAGCUGAGUUUGAGACCUCCAUGUACUCUCGUAUCCUCUCUGCAGGUUUUGAGGAACUUCGACAGCCUCAUUAGCACAAACUGUACCAAAGAACUGCAGAACGCGGGUGUAGAUCUGUGGAAGAACUCUCAGGUGAGGUCUGUGAGGAAAACGGACAGAGGACUGGAGGUGACGCUCGCUACGAAAGACCCAGAGAAGAAGAAUGAAGAGGACAAGAUCAGAACCAUCGAGGAGGUAGACUGUCUUCUGUGGGCCAUCGGCAGGCAUCCUAACACCUCUGGACUGAACAUCGGAGAGAUGGUAACAGUGUGCUGUGCUCUUUAUGGCAUGUAGUGAAAAAGCAGACAUUGACAUGUGCAGAGACACUAAGUCAUAACAUUGAACAAGGAGAAGACAACAAUGUUUUCUUUGCUUGUAGGGUGUGGAUACAGACGAAAAAGGCCACAUCAUAGUGGAUGAGUUUCAGAACACCAGCAGACCAGGAAUCUACGCUGUAGGAGACGUUUGUGGCAGAGCUCUCCUCACACCUGGUGAGAGUUUAUUGAUUUUGUAUCCAAUUAAUGUAUUUUUACAAUCGCAAGUUUAUGGACUGUGUUUAUAUAGUGCUUUUUUUACUUUUCUGACCACUCAAAGUGCUUGUACAUCACAUGUCUGUCAACUAUUCAUAACACAUUAUGACACAGGCUGCUAUGUUGGGCGCUAUCAGUUUUUAACUAACCCCACUCACACACCACUGGGCGUAGUCAGCAGUAGGGUCAAGUGUCUUAAGCCCAGGGACACGCAGACAGCAGGACCUUGGAAUCAAACCCUCGACCUUCUGGUUGAGCAACAACCAACUCUACCACUGAGCCACAGACGUGUCUUAUUGUAGUUCAUGAAGCAUAUUAGGGGUUAUGGAAAUUGCUGUGAGAUAUACUUUGUUUUUCUGACAAUAUUAGACACUGGCAUAAUUUUUCAUGCAGACGAGUUUGACUACAUUAUGUUCUACAUUGAUGUGUACUAACACGAGUGAGUACCAUGAAUGUCUUUUUCACCUGCUUUAGGUGAGCAUCUCAUAAAAAGAGAUGUUCUGAAGCAUUGUAAAGUAGAACACCUCAGAGAGUUCUUAAGUGUGUUUUGACAACUAUAAUCCAGAAUCAAUAAAAAAAAUCUUACUCUACAAAUCAAAUCUAAGUUGCAUAAACUUGAAAAAUAAACUGGUUGCUUCAUACAAACCAUUACGUGACCUGUGACAUACAGUGACAUAUUAAUAGAGCAGCAGAAGUAUUAAAAUCGUUACUGUUUGUGACCUGUUAUGUGAUACAGUUGCUAAAUUUUAGUGUACAAACCGUCCAAUGUCUUAUUUGCAACAGCUGAAUAAGACAUUUAUUACUUAGUAGGUAAGGGAUGGAAGUUUUGACCUCAUUGGAGUUGUUCCUGAAAUUUGCUCAUCAUACUCUCUUAUCAGAUCCCACAACAGCACUGAUGCUUUAUUCUUGUUUCUCUGGUUUACAGUAAAGAUUGCGUAGUUGUUUAGUGUGAUGUUGUGUUUGUUUGUGCAGUUGCCAUAGCUGCAGGCAGGAAGCUUGCACACAGACUGUUUGAGGGCAAGAAGGACUCCAAGCUGGACUACUCCUGUAUCCCCACAGUGGUGUUCAGCCACCCACCCAUUGGGACAGUGGGCCUCACAGAAGGUGUGGAGUAGUUUUAAAAUCAAAGUUAAACCGUCACAUUGUUGAAAUUACCUGCAUGUACCUUGUAUGUUCUCAUAAGUGUUUCUAAUAAAUUCCAGUUUUGUUCAGUUUGAUAUCAUGGUUCAAUCUGUUUUUUUUUGUCAACAGAGGAGGCCAUUAAAUCCAGAGGGAAGGAGAAUGUUAAGAUCUACAGAACUUCUUUUACUCCCAUGUAUCACGCCAUCACGAGCAGGAAGAGUCAAUGUGUCAUGAAGCUGGUGUGUGAGGGCAAAGAGGAGAAGGUAGGAGUCAUCGGUUCUUGACACUUUUUACUGCUGCUGAAAAAAUGUCAUCAAAACUUUUUUUUAUGUGAAAAAAUACACAUCUUUGUUCUUGUAAACAUUAUAGCUUAGAUUAGCUCUAAAGACAUCAACUGUGAUAGAUACAGCGUGUAGAAAUAGAAAAGACUACACAAGGUACCUUUAGUCUCAUAUAAUCUUCAAAAAAUCUGAUAACCAGUGAAUGAAAAAAAUAAGAAUUUAUCAAAAUGGACUGAUACACUAUAAAAAUACAGCAUCUGAUUGUAGUACCUGUUUAGCUUCAUCAGUAUUAUGCUGAAAUUGAACUAAUUCAUGUAAUAGAAUUUUCAAUUAUAACUUUGUUGUGAAUGUAUAACUAAAAGUAUAGAGGGUCACCAAUGAGCCCAUUCUUUAAUUUUGAGGGGGCAUACGGUUUAAUACUUCUACAGCUUCACUAGGACAGGACUGAUCAAAGAUGCAAACACAGCUUCUUUAGUGGUUCUUCAUUUCCCUGAAGUGCUGUAAUCAGCUGUCCUGCAGAAGGAUGUGCUUAACUUAUUUGAAAAGAAAAAUGUGCCUACAUGAUUUAAAUUGCCCAAAAAAGAAGGAUGACAUGUCUUGAUAGAGUUAUAUCUGUGUUUUCAAGGUCCUUUCUUCUCAACUCAAUUUGCUUUGUAUAUGACACAUUAAGGAGUUUUUUUAUUCUCAGCAAUGUUUUGUCCUCAGGUCAUUAUGUCAACAAAGGAUUCUUCUGUUCAUCGUGUCUACACAAGCCUGCUAACACCCACUGAUGUUGUUACAAUGAGAUCUAGUCUCUCUUAUUUGCAGGGUCUUUUUUCAAAAUGUCAUCCUUUCUGCUGUUUUUGCUGUAUAUCUUCCUUAAUUCUCUUCCAGUUUCACCAGCUAUUCUUCCCUAAUCUCUAUCAGUGUGACUGCAACCCUGCCCAGAACAAAAUGCUGUCAUAAUACAUAAGUCUUUUGAGUGUCGGUGUGUUCAUACCUUUGUUAAAAAAGCUUAAUUUUACUUUCUCUCUCUCUCUCUGUUGAGAGCACAAUGAAUAAGUCAGAGAACAUAGAACAAAGUGAAAUAUCAAUGUUACCGUUGGGCAAUCAUUAAUCUCCUGUCUGUUUUCUUCAGGUGGUUGGUCUGCACAUGCAGGGUCUGGGCUGUGAUGAGAUGCUACAGGGCUUCUCUGUGGCCAUUAAAAUGGGUGCUACCAAAGCAGACUUUGACAAGACUGUUGCCAUUCACCCCACCUCGUCUGAGGAGUUUGUCACAAUGCGCUAAUACAAACACACACACCCCAUACUACACUGAACGCCCAAACCAGUAAACCAGGGCGGGUCACUCCUCAGAACUUCUCUCAAAUCAGCUUGACGACUUGCUUUCUAAAACUACCUGCUUCUUUAGUGACCUUAUUUGUGCGCAGUGUUUUUAUUUUAAUUUUUUAAUGGACCAAGACUGAAUUAUGGCCUCCCUGAACUGUACUGUAGGUCUUGAUUAUUGAUUGAAUAUUCCAGAUUCCAUUUUGAUGAUUGUGAAAUGGAAGUGAUUGAUCUGCAGGUAUUUUUGUCAAGUGAUUGCACAGGAAGUCAAAAGACCUCCCUCCUAGUGUAUGUGUUUGAUUCGUCAGUUAUAUGUUAGAUUAAUAUCACAAUCACUGCUUCUCUUUAAGGCUUCUAUUAAGAAACAAUGCAAGGUCCUAACACAUAUACUGUACUGUCCGAAGAUUCAAUAAACCUACAGGUUUUUUUCUUAAUUUAUCGUGUUAAGUAUUGUCUCUUUAUUACAUGGUUUUGUUGUAAGUCAAUGCUCUUCUCCUAGUGACCUUUCCUAUUCUCUGCAGUGGACUUUUUGUGCAAGAAAUAAAGUGCCUUUCAUAUUCAAACAGUG